CCCGCCCCGCGGUCUCUGGGAGCUGUAGUUCGUCACCUCGCGUGAGGACUUGAUUCAACGCUUUAGAAAUGAAGGGGGAAUCUCACUUACUGGAAAUUAAAGUGUUAAUUCAAGAGCUGGUGAAGAAAGACACCUCAUCAAACGUACCUGAGAUCAUUGACAAACUGUUCAGUGAGAUAGAACUUGUGGAUAACGAGGCUGGGAAUGAGAUUCAGGAGGCUCAGAUGGAAGAAAGUGCAAUAAGCCUAUGGAAUUGGGCUGUGACUAACCGAGUAGAUUCAGUCAUCAAUGAUGAGCAAAGAGCUAAAUUGCGCCAUGUUUCUUGCAGGCUAGUGUGCCUGUGUGAAGGCAGCGAUCCUCCAGAGGAAAAGGUGCGAAGACAGAUUUUGAUGACCAUGAAGACUGGAAAAGGGUGGGUGGAGGUUGGAAAAGCUGCCCUUGCUGAUGGAUUUCUUGUGAUUGCCGUAAAUGCAGUUGUUCAAGGGUAUUUUCAGAAAGCAGUGACAUGUUUGCAACGCUGCAAAGAUAUGUUGACAAGGCUGCCAAAACAGACCUGUUAUCUAUCAAUCCUCUGCUAUAACUUUGGAGUGGAAACCUAUGAACAGAAGGGGUAUGAACAGAGCUCCUUCUGGCUCAGCCAGAGCUAUGAGAUUGGGAAAAUGGAUAAGAAGUAUUCUCCCGGGGAAGAAAUGCAGGCUAAAGUGCUGCGGUUAUUAGCCACUGUCUAUUUGGAGUGGGAUUGCGAACAGUAUCAAGACAAGGCUCUCAGAGCUAUAAGCCUGGCUAAUGAGGAGAAUAUGCAUCCAGCUGGGUUUUUCUUGAAAAUUAAAAUCCUUCUGAAAAGUGCAGCAUCUGAUGAAGGCAUCAGGACAGCUAUUGCUGAACUUCUGCAUCAUGAGGUGUCACUAGAUUUCUGUUUGAACACUGCUAAGCUGCUUCUGGAACAUGAGAGGGAAUUGGUUGGUUUUGAUUUUCUGAAGUCCAUCUCUGGGCGGUUUGCGUCCUCACCUGACCUCGGAAAAAUCAUCUUACUCCACAUCGAGUUUCUGUUACAAAGGAUGAAGGAGCCGCUUGCCAAGCAAAAAAUUGAAGAUGUCAUUACAGGUCACUAUACAGGAAAACAGCUGUCACCUGAAACACUGAACCGGCUGCACAUCAUUCUGUGGGACAGAGCUGCCAAGAGCUAUGAGGCAAAAAACUACUCUGAAGCCCUUCAGUGGUAUAACUAUUCUCUCAGCUUCUAUUCAUCUGGGCAGAUAGAUCAGAACUUGGCUAAGUUGCAGAGGAAUAUGGCUUCCUGCUACUUUCAUCUGAAACAACUUGAAAAAGCAAAAGAGGCAGUGAAGGAAGCAGCGAGGUGUGAUCCUAGCAGCAUCUUCACUCAGUUCAGUGUGUAUAAGGUUGCGGUCUUGGAGGGUAACACUGAAAAAGCUGUGGAAGCAAUUGUUGCAAUGGGGAAGUUAGCAGCAAAGCCAGCUCAGCAUGAAGAUAAGCUACUAGCAGAUGGAAGUGCAGCCACCAGCCUUCUGAGUUUAGCUGCCCAGAUUGCUUUAGAGAAUGAACAACAGGCUGUGGCUAUCAAAGCUUUGGAGUAUUUAUCUCAGCACUCACAAGAUUGUCAACAAGUGUUUACAGCUUUAAAGUGUUUGGUUCGCCUUGUGUUGUCAAAAGUCAUGGCAGAACCCAAAGAGAAUAGGACUAAAGAUAUGGACACACUUGUGACUUACUUGACCUCAGCACAUCGGAGACUUGCUGAGUCUUUUACGGAAGGGAGUAUGACACUGGAUAUGAGGACCCAUGAGGCUCACUGGUUUAGAAAAAUAGCCUGGAACUUGGCUGUACAGUUCGAGAACUGCCCAGGAACAAUGAGGGAUUUCUUUAUACUGUCGUUCAAGUUGUCCCAGUUUUGUCCUUCUGAUAAAGCUGUUCUGAUUGCCCAGAAGACAUGCUUGCUGUUGGCUGCAGCAGUUGAUCUGGAAAUGGGGCGAUGCAGUUUAACAUUCACUGACCAGAUUGAGCUUCUGUCUCAGGCCCUUCAUCAUAUCCAGGCAUGCAGGGAAAUCUGGAAUGUUCUGAAGCUAACAGGAGAUUUCUCCAAAGACCCAACAGACACAUUGCUGCUGCUUUAUGAAUUUGAAGCAAGAGCCAAACUCAAUGAUCCAGAACUGGAAACCCUGCUGGAAUUGGUGUGGGAACUGCCACAAAUAGAGACUAAGACGCUGGAAACCAUUGCUUCAUUAGCGAUGGAGUCUCCUGCUCAUUAUCCCUCUGUGUGUAAGAGGGCCCUCAAGAGCGCUCUGACCCUUCAUAGGAAACAGGAAGCCAUUGAUGCUGUGAGAGUCAGCAAAUGUCUGCACAGCUUGGUUCACCUUUCUCUGCCAACUGGAGUGAUAGACACAGAUGCUUGUGUACUGGAGGAGGUGUGGGGCUACUUUGAAGAUGCUCUGAGCAUUGUAAGCACCACAGAUGAUUACCCAGAGGUGGAGACCCUUUGGCUGAUGACCAGAGCCUGGAAUACAGGAAUAUUUCAGUACAGUGUCGGUAAAUACAAGGAGGCUGAGCACUGGUGUGGGCUGGGUAUGCGCUUUCUGAAUCACCUGAGAUCCCUGAAGAGCAGCUAUGAAAGCCAGAUGAUUGGUCUUUACAGCGAGGUGCUGGAUAAGUUGGACAGAGCAAAGGGGUUCCUUCCAAAUGAAGAAUAACACUCAGUGCAGCAAGCCAGCAUGAUGGCACCCCCUGUAAACAUUCAGCUGGAUAGAAGAGACUGCUAGCUCUUCAGCGACUGCUGGGACCAGCAGCCAGGGCCUGCUCCUCUUGGCCAUUUGAAAGCUAUGUACUUUUAAGGAAGUUUUUACUGGAGAUGUAACUGUUUUCCUUCAGGGACUUGUAUUCAUGCUAUAGAGCUAUUUAACGGUAAGAAGCUGAGUCAUAACUUUAUGAGAUGGGGCUGCUGUUGUACAGCCAGGCUAGUUUAAAUGUAGGAAGUAGCCAUGUGAACAAUAAAAGUGUUCUAGCACUAUAUGCA